GCUUUAACCAGUGACAUGUGAAAUAAUUCACCGUCCAUGUGGAGCUCCCUAACUAGAACUUCCCAUUAAUCCCGAUAAACUCUAAUCUGUCACACUCUACAAAUUGUUAUGCUAACUGUAUUUGUCGAUACGUUAACGAGCUGACGAUGGCAAUGACGAGUUAUUUUGUGUAGUAAGGGCUACUACUUAGAAAAAUCCCAAGUUUUCUUGAUCCUUGUUUCUUGCAGUCUCUGAAUUGAUCUCAAACUCAAGAAAGAUAGGCAUUAAAUUCAUGCAAUCACAAAACCAGAAGUUCAUAAGCUUUGUUUUUUAAAGCCAUUAUCGUCUUCGUUUAUUCAUCUUUUUGCUUGUGUGAAUAUGGGCAGUGAAAUUCCUCGGCUUCGCAUGUUCUUUUUUCCAUUUUUGGCUUACGGCCACAUGAUACCAGCUGUGGACAUGGCCAAACUUUUUGGAAGUCGCGGGGUGAAAACCACCAUAAUCACCACUCCAGCCAAUGCGCUUCUUAUCUCAAAAUCCAUUCAGAUGAACAAGCAUUUGGGUAUUGAAAUUGAUGUCAAGAUCAUCAAGUUUCCUUCUGGGGAGGCUGGUUUGCCAGAAGGCUGUGAAAAUCUUGACGCAAUCAGUAAUAUUGUGGAAAUGGCCGCGAAGUUUCUCAAGGCCACAACCUUGCUCCGGGAGCCUCUUGAGGAGCUACUUGGAGAAUGUAAACCAGACUGCUUGGUGGCUGAUAUGUUCUUCCCUUGGGCCACUGCUGCUGCAGCGAAAUUUGGGAUUCUCAGUCUGGUGUUUCAUGGUACAAGUUUCUUCUCUUUGUGUACAUCAGCAUGCUUAGUCCAAUAUCAGCCACACAAGAAAGUUUCAUCCGAUUCAGAACCAUUUGUUGUGCCAAACCUUCCUGGCGAUAUUAAGUUGACAAGGAAACAGGUGCCAGAUUUUCUACAAGAAGAUGGAGAAACUGGAUUUACUAUGCUAUGGAAAGAUAUACAACAAGCUGACAUAACGAGCUUCGGUACUCUUGUCAACAGCUUUUACGAGCUUGAGCCAGCUUAUGCUGACCAUUACAGGAAGGUUUUAGGAAGAAGGUCAUGGCAUGUGGGCCCUCUUUCACUAUGCAAUAGGAAUGUUGAAGAUAAAGCGUUGAGAGGAAAGCAAGCCUCUAUUGAUGAACACGAGUGCUUGAAGUGGCUAAAUUCAAAGAAACCCAAUUCAGUUAUUUAUGUAUGCUUUGGAAGUUUAGCCAACUUCAGUUCUGCUCAGCUAAUGGAACUUGCACUGGGGCUCGAAGCUUCGGGGCAGCAAUUCAUAUGGGUUGUGAGGAAAAACAAGAACGCAGAAGAAGAAAAGGAAGAUUGGUUGCCCGAAGGAUUUGAGAAGAGAAUGGAAGGCAGAGGACUAAUUACCAGAGGAUGGACACCCGAAGUGUUGAUUCUUGAUCAUGAGGCAUUGGGAGGAUUUGUGACACAUUGUGGAUGGAAUUCAACUCUUGAAGGAGUGACUGCUGGGGUGCCUAUGGUGACAUGGCCAGUGUUUGCGGAGCAGUUUUACAACGAAAAGCUGGUGACUGAGGUUCUCAAGAUUGGUACUGCUGUUGGUGUACAGCAAUGGUCUAGAGUUGGUGGUGAUUUUGUGAAGAGGGAAGCGGUUGAGAAGGUGGUGAAAGAGGUGCCGGUGGGUGAUAAGGCCGAGGAAAUGAGGAUCAGAGCCAAGGCACUGGGGCAGAUGGCAAAGAGGGCUGUGGAGAAAGGGGGUUCAUCUUACACUGAUUUGAAUGCAUUCAUUGAAGAACUGAGUUCGCAGAGAAGAAACUAGAGUUAAAAUAUCAUAUAGCAUGUAAUAUUGUGUCAUUCUUUGUGCUUGACAAGUGAAAUACCUUAAUGUAUUAGUAGAAAUGAAAUUGUCUAGAUUCUAGCACGGUUUCGGAAAUAGAUUGAUGUAGCUUGUCUCUUUCUUAAUCUUGCGUAAGUGAGAAUUGUUGAUUCAAUUGUUGAACCCUUAGAGCAAUGAGAAAGUUUAAAUAAGAUGGUGGAGGAAUGGAAGUUUCCUUUUCCCA